UCUUGCAUCAGAUGGUUAAAAGAGGGGGAUGCAAGCACAAAAUUCUUUCAUAAUGUGGUUAAAAAUAGGCGCCAGAAGCUUAGGAUCUCCUCCAUCAAGGAUGAUCUUGGCCUGAACAUCGAGGGGGACAGUAACAUUGCUUCACACGCAAUUGAUUACUACACCAAGAUCUACUCUGAAGAAUCAGUCAGUAUUAACCGAGAACUGCUCUCAUAUAUUCCUAAGAACAUUAAUGAAGGGGAUAAUCAAAUGCUUUGUGCUGUUCCACAAGAGGAGGAAAUAAGGGGGGCCAUCUGGGACCUCAACUCCCAUAGUGCACCAGGCCCAGAUGGAUACACUGGGACUUUUUUCAAAACCUUCUGGCACAUAGUCCAUGAAGAAGUGACUAGAGCAACCCAAGAGUUCUUCCUGGGUCUGCCCAUUCCUAAAUCCUACGGGGCCACUCUUCUCACUCUGAUUCCUAAGAUGGACAACCCUAAAUCUUUGGGAGAUUACAGGCCUAUCUCUCUGUCCACUUUCCUCUCAAAAAUCAACACUAAGAUACUAGCCAAUAGACUGGGUGCACUACUUCACAAACUCAUCAGCCCUGAGCAAAGUGGGUUUCAACCAGGUAAAGGAGUGGAAGAAAACAUCCUCCUUACCCAGGAGAUGAUCCACUGCCUUGACAACCCGUCUGGAAGUGCCAACAUUGCUAUUAAAGUGGACUUUGCAAAAGCGUUCGACAGAAUUUCCUGGCAGUUCUUAGAGGUUACUCUAAACUCCUUUGGCUUUUCCUCACAGUCCUGCCAUCUUCUCCUCUCCACACUCAAGGCCACCCAUUUCUCCAUUCUCAUUAAUGGAUCUCCUCAUGGGUUUUUCAAAAUGAAGAGAGGGGUUAAGCAAGGUGACCCUCUCUCCCCCCUUCUCUUCAUACUUGGAAAUGAGGGUUUAAGUAGAAUGAUUAAGGGGAAGGUUGAGGAGGGUUACCUUAAAGCCAUCCAAACAGGGAGAAGCCAACCACCCUCCCACCUUGCAUAUGCAGAUGACAUAAUUUUUUUCCUAAAUGGCCAUUUCAGAAACCUGAUCAGAUUCAAAGGGAUUAUUGACUGCUUUCUCAAUUCAUCAGGACACAUGAUCAAUCUCAACAAAAGCCACUUCUACACUGGCCCAAGAGUGAAGCCAGAAAUCAUAGCUAACAUGCAAAGGGCACUUCAAAUGGGAGAGGGAAAAUUACCUCUAAAUUACUUAGGGGCAACCAUUGGAAAAGGUAAACUUAGGAAGGAAGAUUGCAAGAAAAUUGUCCAACAUUUUGAUGCCUAUCUUAACACUUGGUAUAGCAAGGUGCUAAACCAAAUGGGGCGUUUGAUUCUCAUUAAGCAUGUCCUCAGUUCUAUACCUUUACACAUUGUUGCUGUCCAGCAAAUGC